AUGCCCCGUGACCCCUUGAUUGGACUGGUGGGAAAGCCGUCAAGUGGAAAGUCCACAACCUUGAACAGUUUGACCGACGCUUCGUCUAAAGUUGGCAAUUUCCCUUUCACAACAAUUGACCCUCAAAGGGCCAUCGGAUACCUCCAGAUUGACUGCCCCUGCCAGCGACACAACGUUUCAGAUCGAUGCCAGCCAAACUAUGGCGGUUGCGUCGAGGGGCGACGCUCUGUCCCCAUUGAAUUGCUGGACGUGGCAGGACUUGUGCCAGGGGCGCAUCAAGGACGGGGCUUAGGAAAUAAAUUCUUGGACGACUUGCGACAUGCUGAUGCUCUGAUCCAUGUGGUCGACGUCAGUGGGACCACAGAUGCUGAAGGAAAGGCUACUCGAGGGUAUGAUCCGUCUGUGGACAUUGAAUGGCUGCACUCGGAAAUUGUGCGAUGGGUGUUGGGUAAUUUGAUGGAGAAAUGGGGAUCGAUCAAACGGAGGCACGUUGCAACAAAAGCGAACCCCGUCGACACACUACAAGGCCAAUUCUCCGGAUACGGGAGUACCUCAACAAUUGUUGCACGUUGCCUGGAUCGCCUUGGUCUGAAAGAACCUCUCGAGGCAUGGUCAGAUGAAACAGUUGAGAUUGUGGUCAAAGCUUUCAUCGAUGAAAAGUUCCCUACAGUGUACGCCUUGAAUAAGAUUGAUCACCCCGAUGCGGACAAGAAUAUCAGCAAAAUCGCUAAAAUGCAAGAUCCUCAAUCCAUCGUCCUUUGCUCCGCUAUUUCAGAAGUCUUCCUUCGGCGAUUAGCCAAGCAAGGGUACAUCAAAUAUGUGGAGGGUAGCGAGUUCGUGGAUGCUCGGGAAGAUUUGAUCGAAAUGGGCGACCCAGAAGGAGGGGGUCUCAAGGAGAUGGACGAGAAGUUGAAGAGUCGUGUUGAGAACUUGAAAGACAUGGUUCUUUAUCGAUUCGGAUCCACUGGUGUGGUUCAGUGUCUUUCUCGAGCUGCAGAACUUCUAGGCCUCGUGCCCGUCUUCCCAGUAAGGAAUGUUCAGACCUUCAACUCGGGCUCUGGAAGCGCGGUAUUCCGCGAUUGUGUUCUGGUCAAGAAGAAUAGCACAGUGGGCGACGUGGCUCGAAAAGUCAUGGGUGAUGUGCCAAUCUCCUAUAUCGAAGGAGUUGGAGGUACACGAGUAUCUGAAGACGACAUUGUUGCAGUUGGGAAACACGAUAUCCUAUCAUUUAAGGUCGGUCGGUAA